AUGGCGGUUGUGGUUGAAGAAGGCGUGGUGUUGAAUCAUGGAGGUGAAGAGCUUGUGGAUUUGCCACCGGGAUUCAGGUUUCAUCCAACAGAUGAAGAGAUCAUAACAUUCUACCUCAAAGAGAAGGUUUUGGACAGCCGAUUCACGGCGGUGGCCAUGGGAGAAGCCGAUCUCAACAAGUGCGAGCCUUGGGAUUUGCCAAAGAGGGCAAAGAUGGGGGAGAAAGAGUUCUACUUCUUCUGUCAAAGGGACCGCAAGUAUCCGACCGGGAUGAGGACGAACCGUGCGACGGAGUCCGGAUACUGGAAAGCGACAGGGAAGGAUAAGGAGAUCUUCAAAGGCAAAGGUUGUCUCGUUGGGAUGAAGAAAACACUUGUGUUUUAUAGAGGAAGAGCUCCAAGAGGUGAAAAGACUAAUUGGGUCAUGCAUGAAUAUCGUCUUGAAGGCAAAUACUCUUAUCACAAUCUGCCCAAAUCCGCAAGGGACGAGUGGGUCGUGUGUAGGGUUUUUCACAAGAACAAUCCGUCUACUACAACACAAGUCAUGACGAGAAUACCGAUUGAAGAUCUCACAAGAAUGGAUUCCCUAGAGAACAUUGAUCAUCUCCUAGACUUCUCAUCUCUUCCUCCUCUCAUAGAUCCGAGUUUCACGGGUCAACCCGAACAGCUCAACUUCAAACCCAUCAACCCUCCAACCUACAAUAUCUCAUCACCAAUCCAGCCUCAUCACUUAAACUCUAAUUACCAAUCAAUCUUUAACCACCAGGGUUUUGGUUCUGCUUCUGGUUCCGGUUCUACAUACAACAACAAGGAUAUGAUCAAGAUGGAGCAGUCACUUGUUAGUGUAUCUCAAGAAACAUGCCUAAGCUCAGAUGUGAACGCGACCACGACCACGGAGGUCUCUUCGGGUCCGGCAAUGAAACAAGAGAUGAGCAUGAUGGGAAUGGUGAAUGGUAGCAAGUCGUACGACGAUCUAUGUGACUUGAGGGGGAUCUUAUGGGACUACUGA